UUAAUUAGUGACUUUUUAAUAUCUUAUUUCUUUUGCAUCUCCACCAUGUUUUUUCUUUAAUCGAUCUAUUUAUUGAUUUCAACAAUGGCUUCCUUUAGCUUAUCAUUUCUUCAGUGGUGCUUGAUCUCUAUACUUUUCAGAUCAGCAUUCUCUCAAUUGAGCGAGAACUUCUAUUCAGCAUCAUGCCCUAAGGCACACUCUAUUAUUAGCCAUCAUGUUAAAAAUGCGAUUAAGAAAGAGCCUCGCAUGGGUGCAUCAAUGUUGAGACUUCAAUUUCAUGAUUGUGGUGUUGGUGGAUGUGAUGGAUCAAAUUUGCUGGACGACACGAAAAAUUCAACAGGAGAGAAGUCAGCCUUAUUGAAUCUUAAUUCGGCUAGGGGAUUCGAAGUCAUUGAUAAGAUCAAAAAUCGACUUGAACAAUCAUGUCCUGGAGUCGUAUCUUGUGCUGAUAUCUUAGCAAUGGUUGGACGAGAAUGUGUUUUCAGGCUUGGUGGUCCAAAUUACACAUUACCAUUAGGGAGAAGAGAUUCGACUGAAUCACAUAGAUUAUUGGCAGAUGCCAUGGUUCCUAUCUUUCUUAAGGGUGUCGAAGCACAAAUUGCAGCAUUUCAAUCGCUAGGCUUCAACAAAAAUGAAUUUGUAGCUUUAACAGGCGCACAUACGGUUGGCAUGGCAAGAUGCGAAUCGUACAGACAACAUAUCUAUGAGGAUAAGAACAUAGACCCGACCUUCGCGGCAUCGUUGCAAGCAAACUGCCCUAAGGAAGGAGGGAAUAACAACACAGCACCAAUCGACAACAGAACUCCAUUUGUGUUUGACAAUAUGUAUUUUGUUAACUUGAUGAAACAAAAAGGUCUUCUUGCCACAGAUCAAGGACUAUUUACCGGAAAGGGGGGACCCACGGACGCCAUUGUAGCAAAUUAUAGUUCAAGUAAGGAUAAUUUCUUCAAGGAAUUUGCUUCAGCAAUAGUAAAGUUCGGACAAUUGGGUGUUCUUACUGGUACCAAAGGGGAAAUCAGAACUAAUUGUCGAAAGGUCAAUACUCCAAAGGCUUAAACCUUUAUUUUGAAUGUUCAUUAAGAUCUUGUUUAAACAUGUAUGAUGCACGAGUUGAAUAAAAAAGUAAAAUGAAAAACAUUUUUUUA